UGCAGUUGCCUUGCGACAACGUUGCUCCCUAGUUUUUGCUCGUUUCAUCGUCAUCUUUCAAUGAUUUCCACUACCCAUUUUGAUAGUAAACGAAACGAAACAGUUAAAUUCCUCUUUGUCUUUGUCAAAAAUUGACGUUUCAAAAGGCGUCAGGGGAAACUCUUCAUUCUUGUUUAAUUCGAAUGUUCUCUUCAACUCAUCCAAGGAUUGAGUUGUUUGAGACCAAAAUGGAGCUAAUGAGGUUUCCUCAAAAUAGUUUAUGGGGCACUGUGGAGGACUCAUUCAGGCCCUAUUUUUGUUUUCUAUCUGAGCAAAAUCAGAGUAUCAAAAUGGCUGGUUCCACACUAAGUUACUGCAUCCUGCUGAAAUUUUGGAAAUACAACUGGUCUGCUGUUUCAAGUACUGAUGGAUGCGUUUCAAGCUGUUGCUUCUGCAACACAGAUAAUAUCCAGUAUGAUGGGGGCUGUUGGUGCAUUAGAACAAGCCUCUAGAAAUCUUGAUGAAGCUCCAAAGAAAAUCCGAAGCCUAGAAGAAUUUGUGUGUGAUCUUGAGAAUUUGACACAACGAAUUAGGCAAAAACAUUCCUCCAAGCUUCAUAAUGCCCAGUUAGAUUAUCAAAUUCAAAGUUUGCAUUCCCUGAUUGAAAGGCUGCGCCCAAAUAUCAGGAAGGCGAGAACAAUUGUAUCAAAAAGUAAAAUUAAGAACAUUGCUAAUGUAUUUUGGAACUCCAUGGCUGGAGAUCCACUUGGAAAACUGACAUAUUCAAUUAAAGAUGAUUUAAAUUGGUGGCUUGAAACUCAAAUGUUGGCCCAAAAUGUUGAGAAGGUAAUAGAAUCAACAGCACAAGACAUCCCAGUUCGAUUGAAAAUAAAGGCUGAUCAAGGCCACCCGAUUUCUAGUAAAUGCAACUUUGUGAGGGAUUUACUUGAACGGGGCGAUUCUCAUCGAGUCAUUCUAAUUGUGGGUUUAUCUGGUAUUGGAAAGUCCUGUUUAGCUCGUCAAGUAGCUUCUGAUCCACCAAAAAAAUUUGUGGGUGGAGCAGUUGAACUUGGAUUUGGGCAAUGGUGUAGUCGAGCCGCUUGCAAUGGCAGUAAGGUUGAAUAUCAGAAGCGUUUGGCAAGGAAAAUUAGCAAAUUCUUGGUGCAGAUUGGAUUUUGGAAAAAGAUUAAGGAGGAGAAUAGUGGAGAUCUUGAUUAUGUUUGUUGCUUGCUUCAAGAAGCCUUAUAUGGAAAAAGCAUUUUAAUCCUUCUAGAUGAUGUAUGGGAGCAGGACAUAGUUCAGUGGUUUGCUAAACUGUAUGAUAAUGAUUGUAAGUACUUAGUAACAACAAGAAAUGAAGCUGUCUAUGAAAUUACAGAAGCUGAAAAGGUAGAGCUAAGCAAGGAUGAAAUAAGAGAGAUAAGCAAGGAAAUCCUUCUCUACCAUAGCCUCCUUAGCAAAGAAGAGCUUCCGAUCAUAGCAGAGAGCUUACUUGAACGAUGUGGCCACCACCCUCUAACUGUUGCUGUUAUGGGAAAGGCUCUCAGGAAAGAAGUAAGAGUUGAGAAAUGGGAGAAGGCUAUAACCAAUCUAUCAACAUUUGCUACAUGUGCACCAGGUCCUGUCUCAUAUGUGAAUGAGAAAGAUGCUGAGGACACGUUAACCAUUUUCGGUUCGUUUGAGUUCAGUCUAGAAGCAAUGCCUGUAGACUCAAAGAGGCUCUUCAUUGCUCUUGCUGCUCUUUCAUGGGCAGGACCUGUACCAGAAGCUUGUGUAGAGGCUGUAUGGUCAUUUCUUGGGCAGGAGAGCUUGUUUUCUCUCAUUGUCUGCAAGCUUGUUGAAGGGUCUUUAUUGAUGAAAGAAGACAUGGAUCCCUUGUACCAAGUACAUGACAUGGUUUCGUUGUACCUUGAUAGCAAGACUACUGAUUCAAUUGAGAUGCUACUACAUGGAUCUACACCUGAAAAAGCUGCAUUUAUUUGCCCUUGGCUCUUUAUUUUUGGGAAAGAGAAUGUCAAAAAGAUUGUUGAACAGAGGAUGAAGCUUUUCUUCGAAAUUUUAGAAGAAAAACAAGCGGUUAUCACCUUAGAAUCCAUUAUUGAGGCUCUAAUGGCAAGCAACACCAUUUCUGAACUUGAAGCAAGCAGGGCGAGCUUUAGUUGGAUUUUGGGACCCAGGAUUGCAGAUAUCAUCUCAACUAAUUCACAGAGUUUGAUUGCAGUGUCUGCAGAAGCCAUCAUAAAUAUAUUUAGUAAGACUGAUUACUGCAACUAUUUUCCAUCCCUUGAAACUGCCAGUACAGUUGACAAGUUGGCAAGUAUAUUAGAAAGUUGUGAGGAUCCUGAAAUCCAAACAAACAUUUUAACCAUCCUUGCCAAGCUUGCAGAAUUUGGAAGCCCAGAGAUUGUUGAUAAGGUGCUUCAGAGUAUCCCCUUUAACCAGCUCGCAUACUUGCUCUCUCCUGAUGCCAAGGAAUGGCAUGAGAGCAUGUUUACAAUAUUGAUGUCAUUGACCAUAGCUGGAAAGUCAAAAGCAGUUGAGAGAAUGUUUGCUUUUGAGAUUGAGAAGAAUCUUAUCAAACUUAUUGAGAGUGGAUCUGAAAUAGUGCAACACCAUGCCGUUGUCACUUUGAAGGCAUUUUAUGAGUUGGCAGGCCCUUCUUCAAAUAGUUCUCUUCGACCUGCAAAUCUGGACCUCUUGCCAUGGCAAGUGAGACUACGUCUGGAAAGGUUUGUUAUGUCAGACCGGAACAUUCCCCUUUCACCAAAGCCACAAACUUUUGAAAACCUCAUUCACAAGGUGCUAGACUAUGACAACAAACAGGUAUUGGAGGCAAUGCAAGAUCUCAUACCAAUAAUUGAAAAAGCUGGAGACCCAAGUUUCAGAGAAAUGAUUCUACAAAGUCCCCUUAUUAGAAGGUUAUCAGAACUUCUGCAAUCUGGACACACAGAACAUAAUCCUGUGAGAUCUGAAUCUGCCUUUUUACUCAUGAAGCUAGCUUACUCUGGUGGAGAACCCUGCAUUAAGAAGUUCCUAGAGUAUGAUGUUAUUUCUGAGCUGGUAAAGAUGAUGCAGUGCCACAUUGCAGAGUUGCAGGAUUCGGCCUAUACGGCUCUGCAUCAAAUGCUUUUUGGCAAUGGUGGGGUUCUUGUAUUGAAGAAGAUCUUCCUAAUGGGUCUAAUACGGCCUAUAGCUCACGCACUUGAGAGCAAAUCUUUGAAGACUCGGGAAGUGAAUGUGCACUUUAUUUUGGAUAUUGUUGAGGUGGGAAAUAAAAACUGCUUAGAGCAGAUGCUGUCUUUGCAAGUUGUGGAGAAACUCACUAAGUUAGAGAAAAGUGGUGGGGGCUCUGGCGAAAAUUUGGUUGGAUUUCUGAAGGGAAUGGAUAAGUGUAAGCAUCUGUCAGUGGCAGAGCGAAAGGUGAUGAAGCAACAGGUGGUUAGAAGGGUGAGGACCUCCUUGAAAGGCCACAAAUUUGAAGCUCGGACUUUAGCAGCUUUAGAUGCUUUCCUCUCUGGAGGGUCAAGGGCUGCAAGUAGUAGUGGCAGUGGUAGAAAUAGAAAGUUAUCUAAGACCUGAAAAGAGAAUUGUACUGGCUCUGUCUGGCUUUUAAGGCAUGGCCUUAUUGCUGCAGCAUUCAGAUUCAUUGUUCAAAGAAAAAAUAUAGUGCUUUUCUCAAUUUUUCAUACGUAAUAUAUGGGAACGUUCUUUUCUUUUUGACAAGAGAUUUGAAACCUUCAAAUGCAGUUUCUUGUCUGCUAAAUAUUGCAGAAUUAAUGAGAACUUCCAUUGAGAUCCCCAUGCA